AUGGCUGCGGCGGCGGCAGCGACCGUUGGGAAUGGAGCCUGCACUCCGGCCACCGGUGGCUCUUUGGCCGGCUCCUAUCGCCCCUUUGAGCCCCAGGCGAUCGGGUUGAGUCCGAACUGGCGCCUGACCAGCUUCUCCGACAUGAAGGGAUGAGGCUGCAAGGUCCCCCAGGAGACGCUGCUCACUCUCCUGGCGGGACUGACGCGGCCGGAGGAGCGGCCCCCGCGGGCCCCCGGCCUAAACCUUGGCUUCGGGGAUGUUGUUGCGGAAGAGGCUGCCGGGCCGGCGGUCCUGGAACCUGGACCGGAUGCCGGGCCCUUCCUGCCCUCCGCGACGGGCCCCAGCCCCUCCUCCCCCACCCUCGGCAUAGGAAUGGACUCCUGCGUGAUCCCCUUGAGACAUGGAGGACUUUCGCUUGUGCAGACCACCGACUUCUUUUACCCUUUGGUUGAAGACCCCUACAUGAUGGGACGAAUUGCCUGCGCCAAUGUGCUAAGUGAUCUGUAUGCCAUGGGCAUUACCGAAUGUGAUAAUAUGCUGAUGUUACUUAGUGUCAGCCAAAAGAUGAAUGAGGAGGAGAGAGAAAAAGUAAUGCCUCUCAUGAUCAAAGGCUUUAGAGAUGCUGCUGAGGAAGGAGGAACCUCAGUGACUGGGGGACAGACCGUUGUAAACCCCUGGAUCAUAAUUGGAGGUGUUGCUACUGUGGUCUGUCAACCUAAUGAAUUCAUCAUGCCAGACAGUGCAGUUCCAGGGGACGUGCUGGUAUUGACCAAACCCUUAGGAACUCAAGUGGCAGUCAAUGCCCACCAGUGGCUGGAUAAUCCAGAAAAAUGGAAUAAAAUAAAAUUAGUGGUAACCAGAGAAGAUGUAGAAUUGGCCUAUCAGGAAGCUAUGUUUAGCAUGGCCAUGCUGAAUAGAACUGCUGCUGGGUUAAUGCACACCUUUAAUGCUCAUGCUGCCACUGAUGUCACUGGCUUUGGAAUCUUGGGACAUGCACAGAAUCUUGCAAAGCAACAAAGAAGUCAAGUAUCCUUUGUCAUUCAUAAUCUUCCAAUCAUUGCCAAGAUGGCUGCUAUUAGUAAGGCCAGUGGGCGUUUUGGUCUUCUCCAGGGAACAUCAGCGGAAACCUCUGGGGGUCUACUGAUUUGUCUGCCCCGAGAACAUGCAGCUCGUUUCUGUUCUGAAAUCAAGUCCCCCAAAUAUGGAGAGGGUCACCAAGCCUGGAUUAUUGGCAUUGUGGAAAAAGGAAACCAGACAGCCCGCAUCAUCGACAAACCAGGGAUUAUCGAAGUCACACCACGUGGAGCCACUGUACCCCUUCAUCCCAAUAAUUCCCAUGCAAGCCUUGAGCCUGGUUCAUGAGAUGGUAAAGCAGCAAUCAUUUGGACCUUAUAGACUUUUGGACACAAUCAUGGAUCUUUUAAAAUGACUACUUAUUAUUUGGGGGAAGGGGAAAUUUCCAAAGAAACCUGUUUGAAUGGUAAAAAGUUGCCUUCUUGGGGUGACUUUUUUUAAUGAGCCAGUUAAGGAAAACAGCUGCUUUUAUGCUUAUUUCAAUGUCAUAAAUUAUAUUUUAGAUGUUUUACUAUCUGGAUGGUUUGACCUUCUCUUCUAUAGGAGGGAAGCAGAAUAAUUUUAUUUCCCCUUCCAGCAGCAAGAUGAAGCUGUUAGAGUUUGAGGGUAUUUCUUGAACUAUAUGAUUAGAGAGAUUGCUUUGUUGAUUAUAUUCAUACAUAGGAAAUUAGAUUAUUUAUUGAAGGUGGACAAAUUGGAAAGAACUUAGAUCAUAAGCAAAUAAGCCUGGAAGUUUCAAAGAUCUUUCAAACUUGUAAUAGUAGGAUGGUAUUAUCUGGAAUUAUUUAUUGGAUUUUUUUUUUCCCUUUGAAGUGUUGGCUCUUUCCCACCCUGGCCAAGAAGUGAGCAGCUUGUCCAAAGGUUGGGAAGUAAUGACCUGAAGCCAUUCUGCUAACCACAAGCCUUGUCUCUAUUUAUGAUGCUUCUCCCAUAAAACCCUAUUAAGGGCUGGAAGAGGCUGAGCACAACCUCAGAGCCUAGGCGUAGGUGUCACUAAAACGUAUAAUCUUAAUUCCUGGUCACUCAACUAAUAAAAAGUUAAUUUUUAGAUAUCAACAAGUAAAUAAAAUCUAGAUAAACUAUAUUCUCAGCAUUCCUUUUAUCUAUCAGUAUAGCAACUGUAUCAACAAAGAAAUGGGGUAGUUUGGUAUGACCUGUUCUUGGAGAUGCCAUUGAUGGUUUUCUGUGAUCAAUGCAGUCUUUUCUGGAUAUUCAUGAUUGAUUUAUUUGUUAAUACAUUCUAUUUUGAUAGGUAUCAAAGUUAAUCUCUCUGGCCUAUUAUAGUUCUGUUUGUUGAAAAUCAGUACAUUACCACCCUUCUCCAAGUGUGGGACACUCUCCUAAUUCUGGAAAGAGUUCUAGACAUAGAAGAAACCUGGUUUCAAGUCCUACCUCUGACACUAGUUAUGUGACCAUGGGCAAGUCAUGUAAUCUCUGAAUUUGUU